AAAAUGGACAACAAUAACGUUGCUUUAUUACUCCAAUUAUUAACAAAUCCAAGUACUUUACAACAAACGCUUGCAACUAUUACACAAAGUCAGCAACAAAGUUUGUCUAUACCCGAAACUACUUUGCCAGUACCAUCUAACGCUAUUAUUGGAAUUGUUAAUACAUCAGCAA